AUGAUAGAUAUGCUGCGCAUACGGGACGCAGCUCUAUGCGGGCUGCUUUUUUGGGCACACGCGACUGCCGCUCCGCCCAACGUGGCAGGUGCUGCAGAAAACAGCCGCGAUGCGGAUUCUGAAUCCACAGGCCCGGGUAGUCGAAGAAAGCUUACGGGUAGGUUCCUACAUAUUACGGACUUCCAUCCAGACCCUUUUUACAAGACAUAUUCGAGCACAGAAUCUGAUGCAGCGUGCCAUCGCAGACAUGGACCCGCUGGCCUGUACGGCGCAGAAACAACCGGCUGCGAUUCGCCCUUUGCGCUCGUCAACCAGACUUUCAAGUGGAUAGAAGACAACAUAAAGGACCAUGUAGACUUCGUAAUAUGGACGGGCGACUCGGCGCGACACGACAACGACGAGGAUAUACCACGGACGCAAAAGCAGGUUAUCCAGCAGAACGAAUACAUGGUCUCUAAAUUCGCCGAAGUCUUUGGACAAAGCGGCCAGGGCCAUGGCCCGAAUAGCUUCACGAUACCGAUAAUACCCACUUUCGGAAACAACGAUAUCAUGCCACACAAUAUCUUCACAAGCGGCCCAAACAGAUGGACGAUCAAGUAUCUCGACAUAUGGCGGGGCUUCAUUCCCGAGGCGCAAAGGCAUCAGUUUCAGCAAGGAGGGUGGUUCUCGGUCGAGGUGAUACCAGGAAAGCUAGCUGUUAUCAGCUUGAACACCAUUUACUUCUUCAGCUCAAACUCCGCCGUCGACGGCUGCGCAAAGAAACGCGAACCCGGCUACGAACACAUGGAAUGGCUGCGCAUUCAGCUUCAAAUUCUUCGAGAUCGCGGCAUGAAGGCUAUACUCAUCGGCCACGUACCACCGGCUCGGGUCGACGGCAAGGAAAGUUGGGACGAAACAUGCUGGCAAAAGUACACGCUUUUUGGGCGACAGUUCCGAGAUGUCAUUGUAGGAAGCCUCUACGGGCACAUGAACAUCGACCAUUUCAUGUUGCAGGAUUUCGAGCACAUCCAAAAGGAUACAGAAAAUGGCAAGAUGGGAAUCAUCAAUGGCCGGUCUGCUCUGGCCAACGAGGUCCAGCUGCUUGAGGAUGGCGAGGUGACGGUGGCAUCUGCGUCCGACUAUCUGCUUAAUCUGCGAGAGGCUUGGGCUCAGCUGCCUGCGCCCCCCGCGAAAUCGAACAAGAAGUUGCGCUCGAAGAAUGUCGAUGAAGAGGAGCAAGAAGAUUCAGCAUGGUCAUGGUUCGUUACCAAGAUUUGGAAAUCCUCAAAAGACCGGAAAGAAGAGAGGAAGAAGUACCUCGAGAAGAUUGGAGGAAGAUACGCUGAACGCUAUGCGGUAACACACGUGGCACCCAGCAUAGUACCGAACUACUUCCCCACCCUACGCAUUAUCGAGUACAACAUCACUGGCCUGGAACACCUCAGCGUAGCCUCUAGUCCCAUCAGCCCGCCAACGAUCGAUACACCCACCGAGCAACUACCGAUUACCGCUACCGAUUUCGACGACGACGAAGAAUAUCUGCGAGACGUGGAGACUGCGCGAAAGAGGAAACACAAAGGAAAAAAAGACAAGAAGAAGCCACGAAAGUACAAGUUCAAGGUUCCAGAUGGCCCCUCAAAGUCUGCCCCGCCUGGUCCGGCAUACUCGCCGCAGACUUUGACGUGGACACGACAUAUUCAGUAUUUCGCAAAUCUCACACAAAUCAACAACGACUUCCUCGAGCCUCCACCGGACGCAGCCAAGACUCCCAUCGUCGACUGCUCCAUAAACGAGGUAUCCGCAAGCACUAUCUUCGGCUUCGCAGUCAGUCCGGACGGCAGGAUCGAGAACAAGAAGUGGAACGAAGGCAAGCACAAGAAACACCAGGGCAAGCAACCCCGGCCAGAGCCGCAUCCUAACGAGUUUGUGUUCGAGAUCGAAUACGACACAAAGAAGGAUAGGGGAUUCGCUGAUCUCACCGUCAGGCGGUGGGUUGAGUAUGCCAGGAAGAUUGGAUCAUCCGCAUCGAAAACUACUGAAGUUGAAGAGGAGGACGUUGCCGAAGAUGCGGACUUUGAGGAGGGCGAGGACGAGGACGAGGACGAAGACGACGAAUACAACACUACAAAAGGCAAAAAGCACAAGCACAAGAAAGGAAAGAAAGGCAAACAUCACAAGAAACGCAAAGCAUCAAAGGAAUGGUUCACUUUCGUCAAGCGAGCAUUUGUUGGCACCAUGGAUCCUCAUGACAUCAAGCAAUUGUUCGGCGCGGCAUCAUCAUCACCAGAAGCAUUAGAAGAGGCGCAGGAGGUUAUGGAAUUGUAG